AUGAAGAAAAAUAUUUAGCUUUACCAAAUAAUUUAUUUUUUACUUUUAUUCUCUAGUUUGAUUUAAUUUAUUUCUGCAGACAAUAACUCUGAUUAAUGCUAUUUGGGUUGCGCAACAUGUUCACAAAAUAACUCUCCUAACUCCUGCAUCACUUGCUAUAAAGGAAGAGGAGAAACUAUUUUGAAUUAAUCCAUUUAUAAUAGCUGCCCUUGUUUUGGUGAUUACGAAGAAACUCUUGACUAAGAUUGCUAACCUAAGAGCAGUUCUUACAAAGCUAUAAAUGUAAUUAUGUCCAUUUUUGUGAUCAUUCUUAUCAUUUUGCUUGUACUGUUAGCAGCAUCUGGACAUCACUUACUCACAUUUAUCAUAUUCGAUAAUUUCUAAUUGAUUGGCUAUCUAAGAAUAAUAAAUAUCCCUUUAACUGGAAUUAUGGACACUGUUUUGGGAACUCUGUAAAACUUAAAUUUAGGAAUCCUUUUUGGUAGAACACUUAACUACUAACAAAAUUUAUUACUUUCUAAUGGGUAGUACUCUCCUGUAUAAAUUCUAAAUGUUCCUGAUUAAAACAUAACAUCACCAGCUUAGCUACCGCUGAUGGGAUUUAGCUACAGUUUCCUUUAUAAUAUGAUGUCAUUGCUAAUAUUGUACAUAGUAAUAGGUUCAAUCAUUUCAUUUUUUGUCAUCAUCCAAAAAUGCAAACGCUACAAAAGCGGAUUAAUUUUCUUAGUCAACCAAAAAAGAUAUACCACAAUUGUUAGAUUGAUCACCAUUACAAUAUGUGAAGUUAUCUUUUAUGCCUUGUUGUAGCUUUAAAAAAUAAGUUUUUCAAACUCUUUUAACUAAUUUAGCUUUGCAUUAACAAUAAUAGCAUUAAUAGGACUAGCAGUUUUGGUAUUUUUUUUAAUAUUUGCAAUCAAUUGGACUAUUUAGGUUUAAGAAAUGAGCAAUCCUAAAUAUAAUACCUACUUCGAUAGGUUGAAGAGAAAGACUCUUGUUAAUAAAAAUUUAAUUUGCAUAUAAUUGUUUGUCAAACUCAUUUUUAUUUCAUUUGUAGUUGUCGGAAUCACUUAACCUGAAACAAGCUUAAUGAUUCUAUUGAUUCUAUAUGUAGCAUAUUCAAUCUUAGUUGCAGUCUGCAUAAGUUUAACCAAGGCAAGAAUUUACAUAGCUUAUAUCCUCCUAACAAUAUUAGUGAUCAUAUCUAUUAUCUUAGUAGGCAUAUACAAAAUUUUAGGGUCUAACAUAGAUUCAAAUAAGAAUGGAUUACUCAUUAUAUCAUGGUUUUUUGCUAUCUUUAUAAUGAUUUCAGUAAUUUCAUGUGUUAUAUAUGCUACAGCUGAAUUAAUCAGUGUUUUGCCAGACCUAUUAAAUAAUUUACGCUAGGCCUGGAACUAUUUGAAUAACCAUGAAGAAGUAGUCGAAGACGAUGAAAAUAUCUAAAACUAGUAGAACACCAAAGACAUUUCUAAUAACUUAGAGUUUUCCUUAGUCACUAAAAGAAAACUAGCUACAAAAAAUAAAAAGCAAAGUGUAAACCAUAUAUUUUAAGGUAUUAACAACUAAACUUAAACUGCUUAAUGGUAUGAUAACCCACUUAAUUCUAAAUAAUAAAAUGAAAUAGAUUAAAUAUAACAAUCCUUCUAGUAGCAAAUAAAUUUCGAAUUAAAUGAAAAACAAAGAGGAUCUAUGAUACAAUCUAGAAUAUCUGCUAAUAAUGAAUUCAAUAUCAACAAUAAUGAUCUUUGA